AUGCAAGAGUAUAUGAGGUUCCCGGUGCGGAAUUUUCUUGAGGAUGAUGUUCUAGGUGAAACAGCACAGUCACAGCGACGUAGGAAGCAACUCUCGAAUCAGGAUUUGAAGGAAGAGGAACGAGUUCCGCUGCCUUUUGAAGGUGAUAAGGUUCCAAAUGCUGUUAAAUCUUAUCCACCACUUGCUUGGACCCUAAUUUGGCAAGGAACCUACAGUAACCUUUACGGAUACUAUGUCCCGGAUACAAUGCGUCGCUGGGGGUAUAUUAUGUGGAAUAAGUCACGGCUUGAGGAGACGGGUGCUUUAGAAGUGUUAGCUCGUCAAUGGGAAGAGGAAUGGGGGGCGAGGACCCGCGAGACACCAUUUUUUACUAGACAUAGUAGCAAUGUCAUGCAAUAA